AUACUAGGGGUCUCGUUUUUGUACGUGAAUAUGAAUGUACGUGUUCACGGAUACUGUGAUCACGUGAAUGAAACAAAAUAAAUCACGUAAAGUUAAUACACGUGAAUCAACGAAAGCUUAAUCACGUGAACAUGUAUUUGAAUCAUAUUCACGUGAAUACGUGAAUUAGUAUAUUCACGUGAAAACUGAAUGAUAAAUAUGCCCAAUAUCAACUAUUUUAAAUGUAUUGUUAAAUUUCACCACUUGGCCCGUUGCGUGUUUUAUCUUAUCUGGUUGUUGGAUAAGUAGUGGUGUGCUGGGAAAUUUUUCUGUGCACGUAAUAAUUAACGGUGUCCGGUUGCGAAAAUAGAACUCUAUCGUCGUUGAUAAUACGAUAUUAAUGUAGUAUACGAGUAUACGAUGCGUUUAGUUGGAGUGCAACCAUUAAGUGAUCGCAUUCAUCAAAAAUAAAAGUUUUCUUGACAAAAUGGUGAAAAGAAAAAGUUGGGUAUGGGAUUUUGCCAAACGUGAAGGUGAUCGGCGCCUUUUGCGAUUUAUGUGACGGUGAAAAUAAUAAUGAAUAUUCUUGUGUUGGCGGCACUACAGGGUCUUUAAUAAGACAUUUACAAAAUGUUCAUGGUAUUGCACCACCAGAUGAGUCAGUAAGAAAGAGGUCGAAAUUGGGGUUCAAACGUGUAUCUAAUGAUUUAGAAGUAGAUUCUACAUUGAGUAAUACAACUUUUACCGAUAAAGAUGAUGAUACAAUUCUAAUUAACAAUACUACAUCAACUUCUUCAAAUUCUGAAAAUAUCGAAAAAUCUAUACCUAGAAAACGUCGUAAUGUUCCUAAAAAAUGUGGGUCAAGUGUUAAUCGAGAAUGUAAUCCUGAAAGAACAGAACAAAUUCACCAGGCACUGGCUUCAUUGAUUGCAAUGAAUCAGUUACCUAUAUCGUUUUGCUCGAGUCCUGGCCCCUGGGUUUUGUCAAUUCAUGGCUGUUGUAGAGCCUAAUUAUAAAAUAUGUAUAUGUAGAGAUGAAGUAAUGAAAAAAAGGCUACAUUCAUUGAAAUUAAAAGUUGAGAAUAAAAUAAAAAAUGAAUUAAGAAAUGUGAAAAGUUUAGUUUGUACCACUGAUGGUUGGUCUUCAAUGGAACAAAAUUCAUAUAUAUCAUUAACUGCUCACAUAAUAAACAACGAAUGGUUGCCAAAGUCAUUUACUUUAGCCACACAAGAGAUGGAAGAACGACAUACGGCUGUAAAUCUAGCAGAAAAAUUAAAAAGUAUAUUAGAUGACUGGGAAAUUAAUGGUAAAGUUUCAACUGUUAUCACAGAUAAUGCAAAAAAUGUGGUAAAUGCUGUCAAAUUACUACCUCUUAAUAUAGACAAUGAAAACAUGGAUGUGACAUGCGCAGCUCACAGUCUACAAUUAGCCAUUAGUAUUGCACUAAAAGAUGAAAUAUUUUCAGAACUAAUAAAACAAUGCAGUUCUUUAGUUGGGCAUUUCAAACAUUCAAAUGUAGCUAAACAGUCAUUAUUUAAAAAACAAGAACAACUAGGAAUUCCUCAUAAGUCACUGGUUCAAUGUUGUAAGACACGAUGGAACUCAAUAUACUUAAUGUUAGACCGCCUUUUACAAAAUAGAACCGCAAUUUUAAAUGUAUUAACGGACAGAACCGUUACGUCUUUGUAUAUUGCUCAAAAAUUAGAAAUAACAGAAUCAUAAUGGUUAAAAAUAGAAAUUCU